CUUGUUUUUCAUUUGACAUUGAGGUGCUCGCGAAUCAAAUUCCAGAAAGGACGUUGGAAAAUCGGCAGGUCCGCUCAGUACCUAUCAAUAGCAAACACGGCGAAGUUGUGGCGCAGUGCUCUGGAGAUUUCCCGGAGCCAGAUUAAAUCAUCGAACCGACGACUUAGCAGCCGGAUCUGCGUUUAUAAGUAAAGUGUCGCGAGUGUCUGAAGCAGUUCACCUGUGCUCUCUUUUCCGUUCGCUUUGCGCUCCUCUUCGAGUUUCUAACGAGUCCUUCCCCGCCUCCCUCUACUCCGCAUCCACAUCUUUUUCCUCCUCUGGAAAACUAAAGUAAAAUGGCCGGUGCACUUCCUCCACUCAACCAGGAAGCAGCCUUCCAGAAGCUGCAGGAAUACUACGAUACAAAGGGCAAGGACCUGAACAUCAAGGACCUGUUCGUGAAGGAUUCCAAAAGGUUCUCCAAAUACAGCCUUCGCCUGCACACCCAGAACGAUGGAGAGAUUCUGCUGGACUACUCGAAGAACCGUAUUAACGACGAAGUCUGGGACCUGCUCCUCGCCCUGGCCAAGGUGCGCCGCGUGGACGCCGCUCGAGAUGCCAUGUUCUCUGGUCAGCACAUCAACAUCACGGAGAACCGCGCCGUCCUGCACACGGCUUUGCGCAACCGUGGCACGGAUCCCGUCCUGGUGGACGACAAGGACGUAAUGCCCGACGUCCGUGCGGAACUGACCCAUAUGAAAGAGUUCACCAACAAGGUCAUCUCCGGCGUAUGGCGCGGAUGCACCGGCAAGCAGAUCACCGACGUGGUCAACAUCGGCAUCGGUGGCUCCGAUUUGGGCCCACUGAUGGUUACCGAGGCACUGAAGCCAUAUGGCAAGGGCCUGCACUCCCACUUCGUCUCCAACAUCGACGGCACUCACCUGGCUGAGGUGCUCAAGAAGGUCAACUACGAGACCACCCUCUUCAUUGUGGCCUCAAAGACCUUUACCACCCAGGAGACCAUUACGAACGCCACCUCCGCCAAGUCCUGGCUCCUGGAUCAUUCCAAGGAGCCUGAGUCUGUGGCCAAGCAUUUUGUUGCCCUUUCAACAAACAAGGAAAAGGUGACCGAGUUCGGCAUUGACAGCGCCAAUAUGUUCGGCUUUUGGGACUGGGUGGGCGGUCGUUACUCCCUGUGGUCGGCCAUUGGACUGUCCAUUUGCCUGUCCAUUGGAUUCGAGAACUUUGAGCAGCUCCUAGAUGGUGCUCACUAUAUGGAUAAUCAUUUUAGGACGACGCCAUUCGAGAAAAAUGCUCCUGUGGUCCUGGCCUUGCUUGGCGUUUGGUACUCAAACUUCUUUAAGGCGGAAACGCACGCCCUUCUGCCCUACGAUCAGUACUUGCACCGGUUUGCCGCCUAUUUCCAGCAGGGCGACAUGGAGAGCAACGGCAAGUUCGUAAGCAAGUCGGGCAAGGCCGUCAAUUACAGCACUGGUCCUAUUGUGUGGGGAGAACCGGGAACCAACGGCCAGCAUGCCUUCUAUCAGCUUAUCCACCAAGGCACCCGCCUGAUCCCCUGUGACUUUAUCGCCCCUGCCCAGACGCACAAUCCCAUUGCCGGCGGAAAGCACCACAAGAUUCUGCUGUCGAACUUCCUCGCCCAAACGGAGGCACUCAUGGCGGGAAAGACGGUUGACGAGGCCCGGGCCGAGCUCUCCAAGGCUGGACUGUGCGGCAACGAGCUGGACAACUUGCUGCCUCACAAGGUGUUCGUUGGCAACCGGCCCACAAACUCGAUUGUGGUAAAGAAGGUCUCACCUUUCACCUUGGGCGCGUUGAUUGCGCUCUACGAGCACAAGAUCUUCGUUCAGGGCAUUAUUUGGGACAUCAACUCAUUCGAUCAGUGGGGCGUCGAGCUGGGCAAGCAGCUGGCCAAGGCCAUCGAGCCGGAGCUGGACCACUGCAACGAGGUCUCUACGCACGACAGUUCUACAAACGGUUUAAUCAACUUCAUUAAAGCCAAUUGGAAGUAAUCAUGUUCGGCUGUUUGUUGCAAAUUAAAAUGAUCACACAAAUGCUCUAAUUGUUAGUAGUUUCUGAGCCGUUAUUGAGUAGUCGCUGCUUAUGUAUUACUCGAGCUACAAACCUCUGUUAUUGGCACAUUAUUCAACUGUAUUUAUGAAUUGGAAAUGUUUGUUUGCUUGUGUAUCGAUGAUAAAAUCUCAUGUCGGAAUUAGACCAACAAUUGGCUCACCAUAUUCGUUGUUGCACGUAGUUUAAAACCACAAAUAAAAAUUGAUGAAUUCGGUGUAGAAAACUGUGUUUGGAAAA